AUUGCACUAUCUUCGGGAUCGCUCCAUGUAUGGGGAGUGCUUAACGCCCGCUUCAUCUCCGCCGCAGGUCGUGCAGGUAUUGCACUAUCUUCGGGAUCGGCCCACGUACGGGUAGUGCUCAACGCCUGUUUCACCCUCUGCCACCAGGUCGGGCCGGUAUUGCACUAUCUUCGGGAUCAGCCCACGUAUGGCGAGUGCUUAACACCUGCUUCACCUCUGCCGCGGGUCGGCCCGGCAUCGCACUAACUUCGGGAUCGGCCCACGUAUGGAAAGCUUUUGCUCACCGCAACGACAGGAAAAUUUCCUUGGACGAUAGAGGUAUACAGAUUCGCUGUGAAAUAAAUAAAUAAAUAAAUAAAUAAAUAAAUAAAUAAAUAAAUAAAUAAAUAAAUAAAUAAAUAAAGAAAAAGAAAGGAAUACUUGCAAUUCUACGGUCCUUCACAGAGCCUCCCACGGUCUUCAGUUCGUGCAUCGUGGACUCGCCUCCAAUAAGUUCAAGCGCUUUCGUUUUUUUUUUUUUUUUUUUUUUCUCUAGCACAAUACAUUUAAGGGACUCAAAUGCUGGAAAACAGCCCUGAUUCAGUGAGUCAUACACUCGAUGCGGGUAAUUCAGCAUUCUAGUACUAAAGUGAAACAACUAACAAAUACUCCGUCAGUAAGAACGGCAACUAUUGGUGAAUAAUUUUUCUUUCAUAUGCUUCCCAUCAAACUGUUCUAUCUUCAUUACAUCCUUGUUUAGACAGCGCCAGAUAUCUACAGAACCUUCCUAUACUGCUGAAAGUUAUUUCGUCAAAUAUAUGUAUAGCUGCCAUCUCAUCAACAGCAUUUCGAUUCGCCCACUACUGGUCAUAUUCGGUUUUUCUGCAAUUUUUGCCCUGCGCCGAGGCAAUGGGAGGCAACUUGGUGCGAUGAAGGCGCGUAUGCGCAGUGCCGUCAAUCACGUUUCUGCGUCAGGCAGUUCUAAAGACGCUUAAGAUACGUCGUGUACACAGAGCACGCGUAGUAGAGUAGAUACGGCAAACCGGCAACACAUAUAUCGAAUAUUACGAAGAGCUCUCGAAAAGAAUGCCACGUCUGUUAUCAUUCCAGCGGCAAGCCUCAUGACCCACCUCCUAAAUCUUAUUGCCUUAUGUGCUGUUCACUAUCACGUUCCGCGCAGACGUCUCAAGGGUCAAGAAAUAUAAGUUACCACAAUUACAAGCAACUGUCCGCGUUUACUAAAAGAAAUACGAUCAGCAGGAGCACACGUUGGAUUUCCAUAUGGCGAGGACUUCGGCAGUCCUCCCGUUAGCCUUGCUUUCACUGAAGUGCGAGAACGUUGAUGCCGAGAUAGUUACAUUUACCUGCACGCGGGGCCUGACUCGCUUCUGUCACCUACAGCAGCACCUGAGAGCCUUCAACAAGGUACUGUGGAACCUGGGCCUCCAGCUCCGAGAAGAUGCACGGAGCCAGCUCGGGGACGUCAGCGUCGCGACGGUGUCGAGCGUUUGCAAGAUGUUGCCGUAUUGCACAAAAUGCCAAGGCGACCAGGAAGCAGCCGUCGCCCUCUUGCGCUGCCUGCUCAGAGCGCACCGAUGCAUCGUCUCGGCGGAGAUGAACUACGCCGUGGCGAACGCCGGCAUGCUCGCCGAAGCCAUGGAAUCUUCGCCGAGUUUGGAAAGCCUCACAGUCUUCGGUAUCGCAAGCGAUCAGCCAAAGGUAUUCGAGGAGUUGGCCCGGUUGGCCGCCAAACCCUGCUCUCUGGAAUGCAGGAGCGUAUUGAAGUUCCCACAAGGCUACGUGGACUCCUUGGACAGCACGAAGAUACCCGUCCGCUUGCUGGAACAAUGGGGUGCCCGACUGACGUCGCUAGACGUAGCGGAGCUGGAAAUGAGCCCGCCCACGUCGAGGAAGCUCGUCGAAGCUCUCAUUACGAACCACACCAUCACGGACGUCGCCGUCGGAGACUGCGUCUUCGAUUCCGGUCCGCUGGACUGGUGGUCGCCGUCGUUCGAGGAUUAUCUGCUAAAGGAAAACGCAACGCUCAGGAAGCUCACUCUGAGAGGGCGACACUUCGAUGACGAAUCCGCCUGGUCGGAGGAUCUAGCCGAAGCCAUCUCGGAAAUGACGACGCUGCAAGAACUGGACGCGCAAUGGCUCGGCACGGGCCAUUACUGCAAACAGUUCGUCACGGAAGUCUCGCGCAACCGCUUACUGCGCUGUCUGACGCUGCGGCUUAGCGCCAUGGACGACGUAGCGAUGGCACUGCAACGGCGCGAAAACGUAGAGGCCGCCGACGAUCGAUCCUGGAUCUCGUCGCUGAAGGAAAACGACUCGCUGCAGAAGCUGGACCUCGACGUCUCGUGGUCCACCACCGAAAGCUGCUGUCUCUUACUUGGAGCUCUCGCGAACAAGCAGUGCCUUCAAAGUGUGACGCUGCGCGAUCUUCCGGAUGUUGACCGGCUGGAAGAAGUCUGCAGCGCGAUAAGGAAGAGCGGACUUGUCCACAGGGCCUGCAUCGCGGGACAUUGCGUUGAGCGCCUGGAUACGCCAACGCUUUCCGACUUUCCCGAGUUGAAAGACGUCAUUGUACUUCUAAGGCCCUCCGAAGACGCCGCGCGUGUGCAGCGCUUCUUCCAUUGCCUUGUGGCUUGCAACGGCAUCUCAUCACUUCGCGUGUGCCUAAAUUACUUCGACGCAAGUUUUUACGCAUCACUGGCCACUUACAUAAAAGGCGCGUCCGCGCUCAAGAAAAUCCGGCUGGACAUCGAUGUUCGCAUCAGUGACGAACGUCAGGAUGGGCCUGUGGCUCAGUCUAUCUCCGACUUGUGCACGGCACUCUGUUCGAAUUUAGGCCUUACCAAGAUAAGGUUGGAGUGGUCGGUACAUUUACGUGCCCACGACUGUCAAGCGCUCGCUGACGCCGUCAUCGGCAACCGACGCCUUCACGAGCUCACCCUUAAUCUCGCAGCAGACGAUAACAGAGCAGUCUUCCUGCGCCAUAUCUUACCACAAUUUCACCGAAAUUUCACCCUGCUUCGCCUAAAAGUUCCCGUCUGCGUGAAACCUUACGCCAACACGUUCGCCGUCCAGGACAUCGUUCGUCGCAACUGCAGCCUCGUUGAGCGAGCGACCAGGUUCGUGUUGGGAGACCAGGAUCCCUACUGCGCACGCGCCGUGGAGCUCGUUUCGGAGCACCCGAAGCUCGUGGACAAUGUUCGACGCAGGGCGGCGCUGAGCGACGAGGCCGCAGCCGUGGCCUUGAUCCGAGCAGCCCUGCGGCGUCCGUGCCUCACCGACGUGCACGAAUUCAUGCGGUUGAUCGGCGUCGUCCAGAGACGAGUCGCGUGCCACGCCCGAGAGGACGGCGUCACGCAGUUCGACAAACUGAACCACGAGUGCUGGCUGCACAUUCGCCGGUACCUGACUGUAGCGGAUGUGGUGGGACCCUGACACGCCCGUCCACCUCCGUACGACGCACACUACUGGUGUAAUGUCAUUCCAUUAUCUUCUUCCAAGAACGCCCUCCAGACAACCCGUACUCCGGGGAAAGCCUUUACAAUCGUGAAAGUGUAUGACGUUCAAGGCGUUGCAUCCACUGCCGCUCGGUCUCGCGCGAUUCCACCAGCGGCACGCGCAAUCUUCUACUUUGUUCACCGGCCGAACUCGUGCGGAACCGGCAUGGUACACGCUGCACGAACGCUGCCCUCUCUGGCGAGCGACGCGAACAGCUGUCCUCCACGAAGACUGAACUGAGUGAUUCACGUGCGGUAGCGUGCAGGUGCCGGCAUGUUGAACUGGUUAAUUAGGUUAUAUGGAUAAGGCUGAACCCGUUCCAUCGGGCUCUAGCCGAGACUAGUGCUAUAUCUUGUUCAGAAAGUGCAGGUGAAUCAAAUGGACCUAUAAUCUAUUGCAGGUCAAGAUGCAUGCACAUCAGUCCACUGCUGCAUGGUAAACCUAUACGCGCGUGAAGAAUCUGGUCUAGCGAUACACUGGUGCCUUCGUGUGCGUCCGCACCCACUGACUUGAAGCAAGCGACGGACAGCCAGUGCUUCUGUUCAAUGCUGAAACGUGGACUCGCCUUAGGUAAACGGCAGACGCUACUUCGAACGGCGUAGGUAGCCGAGUUUCCAGUGUAGAGUGCACCUGACUAUAGCUAAAGCGCUUCGUCUGUACCUAGCGAUGCGGGCUCUCGUCUUUUACUUUUUAUUCAGUUUUAUUUCGAACGGAUAGAUGUAACCGACAUAUAGACUGCUUGCGAAGUUUGACUUACAUGGUGUAACACUCGGUUUAAUCACCACAGCUUGUCCUUCACCUCUGCUACCUCGACAUUUAUUCGUCCGACGAUUGUAAAGCGUGCGGAGCCAGAGCAACGCUGCAGCACAUGCUGUGGGCAUGCACCGGUACGGAGCAGCAGAAGUCCCCGACGAACGGGGUCGACGUGGCAGUCUCGAACCGAGGGGCGCGUUUGGAGGCGGCUCUGCUCAGCCACCACCUCGCUGACCAACUGUGGGCCGUCCGGCACGCCGAGGAAGCCUCCCGUGUCCAAGGACUCGAGGCCGUCGCCUCGGCUGAGGUGCUUAUGGCCCCACCCCACCCAAAUCGCCGGACAUUUAGAAUAAAGUUUUCAGUCACUCGCUGCUCGACCAUAUCAAUGGACUAGAAGGGCCUGUGGUUGUUUGUCAAUCAGCGUACGCGUCAUUGCCCAUUGUCUGCUUUUAUUCCACUGUCCCUUCUCGUCGUGCAAUGACUCCAGUGCUUGACGCAUCAGGCCCGACGUCUAGCAUUGUUUUCUCAAGAAUUAAUUCUUCGUCUUCAUACGAAAUGGCUGGAGUGUUACGAGCAACGUUUUGAAAAAGUUUCAUGUCUUUGUGUAUUAAUCUAAAAAAAACUUGACAGAGUUGCUUUUAUACGGUCAUGACGUUACACUCCUUCAAAGGCCACCACUGUCUCACGACAAUGUUAAUGCAGUUUCGCUAGUUGACAACUUGACGAGGCUUUUGAAUUUGUCAUAUUUGUUGGCCAGGGCAUGGCAGUGCUUUAAACGCGUAAAUAAAGACUUUUG